CUGGGAGCAGUCACAACUAAACGCAAACACUGGUGAAGUGCAGCAGCUGUUUCACAAUGUGUUCCUGGAGCCCCUUGUGAGCAGAAAGGAUCACUGGCACAAUUCUGUUCAUGUCCCUUCGCACGUUUGCAGUGCCAUGUCGCGAAGACUUCGUAGGGGUGCGUUUUUCUUGUUCGUAAUAGGAAUGGUUCUAGGUGCAGUGUUUUUUUGUGCCAUCCAUAUGAAAUGGUCUCGAGAAACGAAGCGUUUGAAGCUUAGCAGCGCAGUGCUCCCUGAUGGGGCAACUAAACUCAGUCGUCGUAUAGUCCCGGACCGUGCGAACGCGGGUAUUUCCAAAACAUCGAAGAUAUCAACUACACGGCAUAUGGCCGUCACUGCGAAGGCCGUCAUCACGAAUGCCAAAGAUUCACUGGGGUGCUUUCCGGAGGGAACGGUUACUGGUUCCUCGACGACCAUGUGCGUUUGUCGCAGGGGUUGGAACGGAGCCGAGUGUUCCGUUCCCGACGCCGUGUGGAACACAAGGAUGUUCCGAGUUUGGUACUCCCAAGGUCGUAUCACGCGCCGCUCGAAACCACGCGCCAUCAUCAACGGUGUUGUGCUCAACCACGAACUAGACCUCCUGGAGAUCCGUAUCAACGAGCUGGGUGACUCCGUCGAUCACUACAUUGUGUGCGAGUCAAACUACACUUUCUUUGGAACACCGAAACAACUUCACCUGCGGUCCAACCUCAGCACCGGAUUCCUGCGCGAGCAUGCACACAAGAUCAUCCUACUCACCAUAGGAAUGUACAACUUCACCGAUGCCGACCCGUGGGCACCUGAGAGCUUCUUCCGCAGGUACAUAUGGCUCGAAGGCCAGGGCCACCUGAAGAACCUCCGCGACGACGACCUAUUCAUGCUAGCAGACGCCGACGAAAUACCAACCCGUGACGUCUUGCUCUUCCUCAAGCACCACGACGGGUUUGGCGAGCCGGUGGGAGUCAGUCUGCGCUGGUUCCUUUACGGCUUCUUCUGGGAGAACGCGCGACCGACCGAAGUUGGUUUCGCCUGCACGGUGGCGUUCUUGCGCUACGUGUAUGACAAUGACACGGCAAGAGUCCGCAAAGCAGAGGCUUACAUCUCUAAGCGCCUUCCCUACACGGGAACGUCCCAGUGGCACUGGACCAUCACCGGAUCGUGGCCUCGUUACGCUGGCUGGCACUGCUCGUGGUGCUUUGACGCUCAUGGGAUUCAGGUGAAACUCACCGCGGCACAAAGGGACGACGGCAUACGGUGGGGCGAUUUUGCUGAAAAAAGAGACAUAGAGUACAUAAAUGGCCUCCGAAAGAGCGGGCGUUACUUUGAUGACAGCCCACCCUUGGCAAGUUGCGACGCUAAGAAUACAGCUCCGGCGUACGUCAGAAAUAAUGCUGACCGUUUUCCGUACUUAAUGGUCCCCUAGCAAGGAACACCUCCAGCGCAAGGACAUGGGAACGCAAACUAAAAUAGGUGCAAAAUAUCGAUUCAAGUCAUGCAUGUAUUUAUAUUCCUGAAGUGCUUGUCCUUCAACGUACAAUGUCAUCUAGCAUUUCAGAGCGCAAAAGGAAAGCGGCCAUUCCGGGAAAGCGGUGAGCAGUCAGUGCAAAUGGCCAAACUAAUAACGUGGUACUUCGCGUAUGGGUGUGGGGGGAGGAGUGAUAGGAAAUAGUUAUUGUGUAUUGUUAAGGUAUCGUGGGCACCACGUACGUUUUAUAUUUCUUAGAAAUGAAAUGCAGCUUUGUAUGCCUAGUUUCAGCCAGUCGUAUUUAUCACCCGUGUGCGCGUAAGCGCGUCAAUGAAAAUACAAGCAUAUAAACACAAGCAUCGCCGUGUUCAUGACGGUAGCCUGAGUAAUACGAGCGCCAAAACAAAGCGACAGAUGUUGAAACCCUGUCUCAAUGGCUCGGACACAUGCUGUUGACCCUCCUUGCUCAAAAAAACUCAGUGGCUAAGUGGCUAGGGUAUUCUGUUCUUAAGCAAGAGGUCGCGGUGUCACCCGCCGCACUAACUUACGGGCAAUGGCGUUGCACUACUGAGGUCGAAGUCGUCGGUUCGGUCCUGGCUGCGGCGGCCGCAUAUCGAUGGGGGUGAAUUGCAGAAACACUCGUGUACUUAGAUUUAGGUGCAUGCUAAGGAACCCCAGUUGAUCAAAGUUAAUCCGGAAUCCUCUAUACGGCUUGCCUCGCAAUCCUCUCGUGAUUUUGGCGCGUAAAAUGUCAUAAUUUAACUGCCUUUUUUAAGAUCGCGUACUUACUUUUCAGCAGCGUUGGCCACUCCCUUAGGUACGAAAUAUCAACGCGACCGUAUGAAAAAAACAACCAGGGGUGGACAUUUACUUUUAACAUUUUACUGGGCUGUCUGUGAUAGCCCCUGUCAAUUAUUGAAUAAAUCAA